AUGGGCAACGUCUGCGCCGGCCCGCGGCGCAGCUUCGCCAAGAACGGCUUCUUCAGCAACAUCUCGGGCUCCAUUUGGCGAAAUCGGUCGGCCGGGUCGACGACCCCCUCCCAGCCUACCACCACCUCCCGCUCCGUCCCCCUUGUCCAGCCCACCGCCUCCACUGCUCCCCCAGAGGUCAAGCCGCCCGAGCCCACCCAUACGGCCCCUCCGGCACCCGUCGUCAUCUCCGAGCCGGCGAGACCGCCUCCCCAACCGCAGCCUGCGCCGGCAGAGAAAGAGCCCGUCCACUCGAAUCCUCCUCCUCCUUCUCCCACUCAGGAGCAGCAACAACCGUCGACGUCGCAGCCGGCUCAGCCACAGGCGCCGAGGCAGCAGUCGCGGCCCAAGAAGCCGUCGGGGCACAUCAAGCGCGUCUCCAGCGCCGGGCUGCAGGUGCAGUCGGUGCUCCGGCGCAAGACCGACAACCUCAAGGACAAGUACAGCCUGGGCCGGAAGCUGGGGCAGGGGCAGUUCGGCACGACGUACCUGUGCGUGGACAAGGCGACGGGGCUGGAGUACGCGUGCAAGUCCAUCGCCAAGCGGAAGCUCAUCACCGACGAGGACGUGGAGGACGUGCGCCGGGAGAUCCAGAUCAUGCACCACCUCGCCGGCCACCCCAGCAUCAUCUCCAUACGGGGAGCCUACGAGGACGCCGUGGCGGUGCACGUGGUCAUGGAGCUCUGCGCCGGCGGGGAGCUAUUCGACCGGAUCGUACGCAGGGGGCACUACACCGAGCGGCAGGCCGCGGAGCUGGCUCGCGUCAUCGUCGCCGUGGUGGAGUCGUGCCACUCGCUCGGCGUCAUGCACCGCGACCUCAAGCCCGAGAACUUCCUCUUCGUCGGCAACGAGGAGGACGCGGCGCUCAAGACCAUCGACUUCGGCCUCUCCAUGUUCUUCAGACCAGGCGAGAUGUUCACCGACGUGGUGGGUAGCCCCUACUACGUGGCGCCGGAGGUGUUGAAGAAGAACUACAGCCAGGAAGCCGACGUGUGGAGCGCCGGGGUCAUCGUAUACAUCCUGCUUUGCGGCGUGCCUCCCUUCUGGGCAGAGACGGAGCAGGGGAUCUUCGAUCAGGUGCUGCACGGCACGCUGGACUUCGAUUCGGAUCCGUGGCCGAGCGUAUCGGAGGGCGCCAAGGACCUGCUCAGGAAGGUGCUCGUCAGGGACCCCAAGAAGCGGCUCACCGCGCACCAAGUCCUCUGCCACCCGUGGCUGCAGAUGAGCGGCGAGGCGCCCGACAAGCCACUGGACUCGGCAGUCCUCUCUCGGCUGAAGCAGUUCUCGGCGAUGAACAAGCUGAAGAAGAUGGCAUUGAGAGUGAUUGCGGAGAACUUGUCAGAGGAGGAGAUCGCGGGGCUGAAGGAGAUGUUCAAGAUGAUGGACACCGACAACAGCGGGCAGAUCAACUACGAGGAGCUUAAGGCUGGGCUCGAGAGGGUGGGCGCCAACAUGAAGGAGUCGGAGAUAUCUCAACUCAUGCAGGCCGCUGAUAUUGACAACAGCGGCACCAUAGAUUACGGGGAGUUCAUAGCUGCCACUCUGCACCUCAACAAAGUCGAGAAGGAAGACCAUCUAUACGCCGCCUUCCAAUACUUCGACAAGGAUGGCAGUGGAUACAUCACAGCCGACGAGCUCCAGCAGGCCUGCGACGAGUUCGGGAUCGAGGAUGUUCGACUCGAGGACAUGAUAGGCGAAGUAGAUCAGGACAACGAUGGGCGAAUAGAUUACAACGAGUUUGUGGCCAUGAUGCAAAAAUCCACCGCAGGGUUCGGGAAAAAGGGCCAUCACAACCUUAGCUUUGGUCUUAGGGAUGCCUUGAACAUAAAGUCAAAUAGCUGA